GGGGGCGGGCCGGCUGGGGGCGGCGCGCGGGAAGGGAACCUGGGACUCUGGCUGUGGCCGCUGGAACCCGGUCCUGGAAUACACCGCGGGCGGGUCCCCAGUCUCAGCUGAGUAGCAGGCUAGGCCCGGGUUUGUUGCUGGGGACAGCAUGAAGUGCCUGGUCACGGGUGGAAACGUAAAGGUGCUGGGCAAGGCCGUCCACUCCCUGUCCCGUAUCGGGGACGAGCUGUACCUGGAACCUUUGGAGGACGGGCUCUCCCUCCGGACUGUGAACUCCUCCCGCUCUGCCUAUGCGUGUUUCCUGUUUGCCCCCCUCUUCUUCCAGCAAUACCAGGCAGCCACCCCUGGUCAGGACCUGCUGCGCUGUAAGAUCCUGAUGAAGUCCUUCCUGUCCGUCUUCCGCUCUCUGGCCAUGCUGGAGAAGACUGUGGAAAAAUGCUGCAUCUCUCUGAAUGACAGGAGCAGCCGCCUGGUGGUCCAGCUGCACUGCAAGUAUGGGGUGAGGAAGACUCACAACCUGUCCUUCCAGGACUGCGAGUCCCUGCAGGCUGUCUUCGACCCAUCCUUGUGCCCCCAUGUGCUCCGCGCCCCAGCACGGAUCCUGGGGGAGGCCAUUCUGCCCUUUCCCCCCACAUUGGCUGAAGUGACAUUGGGCAUUGGCCGUGGCCGCCGGGUCAUUCUUCGAAGCUACCUGGAGGAGGAGGCAGCAGACAGCACCGUCAAAGCCAUGGUGACUGAGAUGAGCAUUGGGGAGGAGGAUUUCCAGCAGUUGCAGGCCCCAGAAGGAGUGGCCAUCACUUUCUGCCUCAAGGAAUUCCGCGGCCUCCUGAGCUUUGCAGAAUCAGCACAUUUGCCUCUUAGCAUUCACUUUGAUGCUCCAGGCAGACCCUGUCCCUUGCCUAGGCCAGCCAUCUUCACCAUUGAGGACUCUUUGCUGGAUGGCCACUUUGUCUUGGCCACACUCUCAGAGCCAAACCUGCACUCCCAGGACUUGGGCUCCCCAGAGCUCCACAGGCCAGUGCCUCAGUUGCAGGCUUCCAGCACAUCCCACCUGGAUGACUUUGCCAGUGAUGACAUUGACUCUUACAUGAUCGCUAUGGAAACCACUGUAGGCAGUGAGGGCCCACGGGCACUGCCCUCCAUUUCCCUUUCCCCCGGCCCCGCCUCAGAGGAGGAAGAUGAAGCUGAGCCCAGUACAGUGCCUGGGACUCCCCCACCCAAGAAGUUCCGCUCGCUGUUCUUUGGCUCCAUCCUGGCCCCAGUCCACUCUCCCCAGGGCCCCAACCCUGUGCUGGCUGAAGACAGUGAUGGUGAAGGCUGAACUGAGAACCCCAAGCAUGUGUCCAAAGGCUGUGGACUAAAAGCCUCAGCCAGUGGCAGGGCUGGACCUCGGUCCAGGGGAGAGUAGAGAAUCUGACAGUGCUGGUAGUGAGCUGGCAGUUCUGCGGCCUCCUACAGGACCUACCUGGCUGGCUGCUGCAGGGCUGCCCAGCUCACCUGCCUGGCCCGAGUCCUGCCAUCCCCACAGCCUGCAACCAGUCACAUCUCUUCCCUGGCCGGGUGCCAAGCUACACUGACAGGAGGUUCCUUACCUCUUAUUUACCAUUUAGGCUCAGGCCAGGCUGUGGCCAUCUGGCCAGGGCCGGAAGCCUGCCUCCCUCCCUUUCCGCCCUAGGAAAAAAAUCACAAUGGGGCUCCUGCCCCUGCCGAUCCACUCUCUCUGCUGAUCAUGAAUGCCCUUCCCUCAAACGCUGGGCACAUCUCUGGGACUCUGUGGAUGGAAAGGACUGUUUCUCUUGCUUUUUCACUGUCAUCUGGCCCUCGCUUGGAAUUCCAAGAGCCUCUGGACCCAAGUGUAUGGCUGGGCCUGUGCCCAGCAAGCCUGCCUGCCUUAGUGUUUCUGUGCAGAAAGGCUGCCAGCCCAGUGUUUGGGACAAGAGAGACAGAGGACAUGGAGAGAAUCCAGCUUUGACCUUUAUUCAAGAGACCAGAUGGGUUGCCCCAGGAUCCGGCUGCCAGCCCUGUGGCCAAGCACGGCUGGAGACCCACAAUCUGGCCUGCCAUUGCCCUGAGCUGCAGCCUCAGCCCCAGGAUCCCACUUGUACCCACCGCAGGUACAGGUGGGAAGGAGCCCUGGGGGAUUGGACGCUGCUAUUUAUUCAUUAAAAAAAGAAAAAUACACCAAG